AUCCACUUGGUAAUCCUUACACCAUGGUUUUGAAGCACAACAAUCAGUUGCCCAACCAGCACUUCCGUAAGCAAUGGGCUCGUCGUGUCAAGACUUGGUUCGAUCAAGCUGGCCGUAAAAAGUCCAGAAGAAUCGCACGUGUCCAAAAGGCUGCUCGUAUUGCUCCCAGACCCGUUGACGGUCUCCUUCGUCCUGCUGUUCGUUGUCCUACUGUUCGUUACAACAUGAAGUUGAGAGCUGGCCGUGGUUUCACUCUUGAAGAACUCAAGGAAGCUGGUAUUCGUCGUAAGGAAGCCCGUACUGUCGGUAUCGCUGUUGACCACCGUCGUCGCAACAGAUCCAACGAAUCCCUUGAACUCAACGUUCAACGUUUGAAGGCUUACAAGGCUAAGCUUAUCGUCUUCCCCCGUAAGGCCGGUAAGGCCAAGAAGGGUGAUGCCGAAGCCUCUGAAGUCGCCGCUGCUGUUCAACACCGUGGUCCUCUCUUCCCCGUUGAACAAAUCCCUGCUGCUCCUGAAGCUCGUGAAAUCACUGCUGAAGACAAGGCCGUCCAUGCUUAUGCCAAGCUCCGUGCUGCUCGUGCUGCUGCUCGUACUCUUGGUAUCCGUGAAAAGCGUGCCCGUGACAGAGCUGAAGAAGAAGCCAACAAGAAGAAAUAAACGGCUUUUUCAACUUCAACCUCUCGCUUCUCUCUUUUUUUUUUUUCAUUUAAUUUGUUAAAAUAAUGACUUUAUUCCACCCCAUCAAUAAAACAGAAAAAAGGAAAUGGACGGUUUGCGUUUUCUUUAUCAUCUCCACUUCAGCUCUCUUUUGGUUUUAGAUUCUACUUUUUUUUACGGGCAUCAGACGUCGACAGAGAAAAAUAGGAUGGGCAGUCGAUAGAUGGAGGGGGAGAAAAAAAAAAAAAAGAAAAAA